GAAGCCCGACAUGUUUCAAGUUUAAAAGGUUUGGAAAAGACUGUAACAUACAGCAGGAGUGGCUGGUGGGAACAAGGAACACGUGUGUGAGUGCCAGAGCACAAGGGCCCUUUGGGUGCGGCGGCCAUGACGCUGAGUGUAAGCUCGGGCUGGGGUGGGGUGAAGUGAAGGGUCCCUGGGCUCAGGCUGGCGCGCUCGACCACCACCCUCCCUGUAUGUAGAUCAUGCUGCCUUCACCCAACUCGGCUGCAUGAAUACACCCCCUGAGGAUCUGGGCCCCUGCAGGAGAGCGCUAGGUAGCUGCACUCUGGUCUCUGGAUCUCCUGGUCCCCCAGGGAAGGGUUCCUCGUGCUAUGGGUCUCGUUGUUAAAGCCACAUGCCUGUAUUCUGCAGGUUCUUUCCGCAAGAUUUUUUCCCUCCGUCCUGUUCCCCCUAAUUGUGUUAUCUUGGGCAGGAGCCCACCGAAUUCUGUUCUUUCUCAAAGCAGUUUCUAUUCUCAUAAGCGUAGAAGCGUGGUGCCCUUUCUGUUUCUUGGCUGAGUCCUCCAAGGAGUUCAGAGUGAUCCCAAUUUGACUUAACAGUGACUCCUUUGCCAAGCCUCUUUUGCUUGUUUGCUUGCAUUUAAUUUUGUCUUUUAUCAAAGUAAUGCAUAUGCAUCUUUUUUUAUGUCAAACAGUACUGAAGGGCUUACACGGAUAAAGCAGCAGGCCCCCUGCCCACCUCACUCCCCCCACUCCAGCCCUCCAGACCGGUUCACUGUUCUCAAUUCCUUUUAGUUUCUCCUUUAUGUUAUUCACCUGUAUACUCUGAAAAAAAUGUUUAUUCUACUGCUUCUCAAUUUACCAAUUUUGGAUGUUACCUAUUGCCUCCAUAUUACUGCCUUUCCUGCUAAUAUCGUUCUAUCAUGAUUUGGGGGUAAAUUCACAAUAUAAAUAUCGUUCACUGCUGAGCCUAGCACUGAGCUAUUACCUUUUUUUUUGGUUGCAUUGGGUGUUCAUUGCUGUGCGUGGGCUUUCUCUAGCUGUGGCGAAGGGGGGCUACUCUGUUGCAGCGUGCAGGCUUCUCAUUGCGGUGGCUUCUCUUUGUUGCGGAGCACGGGCUCUAGACGUGCAGGCUUCAGUAGUUGUGGCACGUGGGCUCAGUUGUUGUGGUGCACAGGCUUAGUUGCUCUGCGGCAUGUGGCAUGUGGGAUCUUCCCGGACCAGGGCUCGAACCCAUUUCCCCUGCAUUGGCAGGCGGACUCCUAACCACUGCGCCACCAGGGAAGUCCCUGAGCUAUUACUUUUUUAAAAAGAAUUCAUUAUUGUCCUCACCUGCUUGGUUUUCUCUAUCUCUGAUUCUUCCCAGUACACCAAAAGAUCGAGAAAACAUCUGUCAGAUAUUUUAUCUAUUAGUUCAUUCAUCGGUUCUUUUUUGUUUUCUGGACACUGGGGUAUUUCACCAGUGAAAUUCUUUCAAGCUUCUUCAAAACAAAUGAAAAUUUAGUUCAUUUUGAUAUAUUAAAAAGACUCCACGCAGCUUCCUCUGAAAAGGCUUCCCUGACACACCCACCCCCUCCGCUGCCCCGCCUGCCACCUCCUGUAGGCUGUUCCUCCUCUGGGCCCCCAUAGCCCCCUGCUGUCACCGUCACACAGACCUUAGUGCACUAAAUACAAUCGCCUGUUUUCUUGCCUGUGGCCUCCCCCGCCCCCCCCCCCCACCCCUCUGGGUCCUGUUCACUGCUGUCUUCCUAGGAAUGCCGAGGAGCUGGUGGGCACAUAGCAGGUGCUCAGUAAAUAUUUGUGGAAUUCGCAUUUGUUGGAUUGAAAUGCAAGCGUGUUGAUAUGCUCCUGGUGGUUGGGUGACUUUUCUGGCCCUGAGUUCCCUUGCAUUUUCUGUGUGCCCCCUUCUCCUGGCUUCCUUUCUUGGGUUUGGAGGCCCUUCUGGGCCUGUUCCAACUUAACAACAGCCUUUCCCAGGUGAAGCUAGCAAAGGCAGGGUUUUCAUUCCCGGAUCUGUGCUGCACCCCACCCCCAUCACCCACUAGGUUGGCCUCAAGCAUCUGAGGGCCUCGGAUUGGUCCUCGUCGCUUUAUAAUCGCAGCCCACACCGCAGAGCUCUGCACAGACUGAUUGCUCAAUAGAUGAGUGAGGUUGAGGCUCGCUCAAUCAAUCAAUAAACCAAUCAGUCUUCUUCCACUCAGCCUCUCUGCUCCCAGGCAUUUCUCAUUAUCCAGCGUUUGGAUGAUCAGAAGGAAAAAGAAACCUCUGCAUAAAGGUGACCCCAUUUCAGGUUUCGUCAUGACUCACUGAGUAUUGAGAGACAGGAAGAGCAAGAGAAGGGAAGACAAAGAGAGGGGCCAGGGACGCUCACCUGCGAUCUCAGAGGGACAUUUGGGAAGACAUUUGGUCACUAGACUGAGGGUCGUAGGCAGGCAGGGACCAUCCUGUGCACUGCUUACCCCAGAGCAUAGCACAGGCCCCACAUAUGGUAGAUACCCCGUCAUAACCGAUGUCUGCCUGCAGGAAAGAGGGAAGGACAGAGUCCAGAUCCAGGCCUGUUUCGAAAGAGGGACUUGAGAUAGUUCGGUGCACCUACAUGUGUUUUAGUCUUUGGGUCUUGGCCAACUCAGCAGAGUGCUGAUCUGUGAUGUGCCCACAGUGCCCACAGAGGCCCCUCCCUUGUAAGGACACUGAUCCAACAGUUGGCAGCCAGUGAAGCGGACGAACCCACCACCCUCUCACUCUCCUGGAACCACGGCCUGGCCUGAGCAGGCACUGGGCUUCCUUGAAGCAGUCCCAGGAGAGGACACCCUGUCCCAGGGCCGAUUCAAAAUGUCAUUCCCUCCACUGGUAUCCAGUGCCUCCUGAGCAGACACGGCCCAGGCUGGCCUCCAGCCAGAACAGCUGCCUCGCUCAGACCCUCCUCCUUUGCCCUCCUACCUGGGCUCUCAAACUCUCAGACUAGAGCAGGAGAACCAAGAGGGCCAAGCUGCCCACGGAGGCCAGGCUUCACCCACAGUGUCGCGGCCUGGGGCUCUCCCGGCCUUGGCUCACCCGGGACCCAGUGGGAGGAGCCACAGCGGGGUGGCCAGGACGGUGCAGGGGCGGCUGACCCUGAAAUAAAGCUGAUGGCCGCCAGCCUGUGCCCCCCGCUCCCCGAGAGGGAGCACUUCUCUUGUGGGUGUAGUGAGUUUCGGGGGAAGCCUUUAAAGCAGCCCUUUGAUGCUUCUCCAGGGGAACUGCAUUUAUUUUCUGUACUUUUAGGAAUUAACUUGCAGUUCCCAGCCUCUCCCUCCCUCCCUCUCUCCCCAGAAAGGAGAGAAGGAGAAAAGAAAAAAGGGUCUGCAUUGUCCCGGUGAUUGGCACCUUCUGUGAAUGAGGGGUCACUGCGUCUGGCUGCUCCUUUUCAAGCGCUCCCUUCUCCCCUGCAUGCUGUAUUCACGCUGGAACAUUCCUUCUUUCAAAGCUUCUGUCUUUCUCUCCCCCUUUGUAUCUCUGCUUUCCUUCCCUUCACUUUUCUGCCUUUCAUUCUCAGCGCUCACCAGCUCCCUCGGGGACCGCUCUCUUCUCCUUCUCUUUUUUUGUCCCUUUUCUUCUUUUUCUAUUCAGUUGCUUUUUUUUCUUUUUGCCUCUUUUUUUCUCUCUUUUUUUUUUUUAAUUCUUUUUUCCUUUUUCUUUUUGAAUGGUGCUUCUGUUUCCAAGGGACGGGAUGAGUAGGGAAGUCGGUUUAUUUGAGGAAGGGAGAAUGUGGAUGUUUUCAUUUUCCCCCCCGCGCUCUAAAUGUGUAAAAAAGAACCACCAUGCACGACACCGGCUUACUCUGGGCUCCUCCUUUGAGAGGGAAGGCUGUUCGGGAAGGGUCUCCAUCAGACCAGAGGAAGCUGUUCAUCACAGGUCAGGCAGUUUCUGAAUCGGUCACCAGGACAGUUGGCUACAGACCUGGUGGCACCGCCUGCAGGAUGCAGACACAGCCCUGGGGACGGGCUCCCUUUCUGCGUGGCCCCAGGGCGGGCCUUGAUGUGAAGCGAUGCCCUCCUAGCCAGCCGCCACGGGAUGGAGGGCUUCAUGGACUCAGGGACACAGACGGAUGCCGUGGUGGUGCUGUCCUUGGCUCAGGCCGCCGUGCUGGGCCUGGUCUCAGAAAAUGAGCUCUUUGGAGCCACCAUAAGCGCCGAAGCCUUCUACCCGGACCUGGGGCCGGAGCUGUCCGGGGCGGCCAUGGGGGAGCCCCGGGCCCCGGGCCCAGAUGUCUACCAGCUGGCCUGCAACGGGCGGGCCCUGGAGGAGCCGGCGGAGGAGGAGGUGCUGGAGGUGGAGGCAGCCUUCGAGAAGCACACCCGGCGGAAGACACGGCCGCCUGUGCGGCUGGUGCCCAAGGUCAAGUUUGAGAAGGUGGAGGAAGAAGAGGAUCAGGAGGUCUACGAGGUGUCCGUGGCCGGCGACGACAAGGAUGCGGGCCCAGCGGAGGCCCCCACCGAGGUGGCCAGUGGCGGCUGCGAGGCCCUGGUGCAGAGCAGCGCUGUCAAGAUGAUCGACCUCAGCGUCUUCAGCCGCAAGCCCCGGACACUGCGGCACCUGCCCCGAACCCCACGGCCAGAGCUGGACGUAGCCCCCUUCGACCCCCACUUCCCUGACCCAGCCCGGGACGGCUUCCCCGAGCCCAGCAUGGCGCUGCCCGGGCCGGAGGCGCUGCCCACGGAGUGUGGCUUCGACCCACCGCACCUGGCCCCCCUGAGCGACCCUGAGGCCCCCACCAUGGAGUCCCCGGAGCCCGUGAAGCCGGAACAGGGCUUCGUGUGGCAGGAGGCAGGCGAGUUUGAGGCCGACGCAGCCGGCUCGACGGUGGAACGCCACAAGAAGGCCCAGCUGGACCGGCUGGACAUCAACGUGCAGAUCGACGACUCGUACCUGGUGGAGGCAGGCGACCGUCAGAAGCGCUGGCAGUGCCGCAUGUGCGAGAAGUCCUACACAUCCAAGUACAACCUGGUGACGCACAUCCUGGGCCACAAUGGCAUCAAGCCUCACUCGUGCCCGCACUGCAGCAAGCUGUUCAAGCAGCCCAGCCACUUGCAGACACACCUGCUGACGCACCAGGGCACCCGGCCGCACAAGUGCCAGGUGUGCCAGAAGGCCUUCACGCAGACCAGCCACCUCAAGCGCCACAUGCUGCUGCACUCGGAGGUCAAGCCCUAUAGCUGCCACUUCUGCGGCCGCGGCUUCGCCUACCCCAGCGAGCUCAAGGCCCACGAGGUGAAGCACGAGAGCGGCCGCUGCCACGUCUGCGUCGAGUGCGGCCUGGACUUCUCCACCCUGACCCAGCUCAAGCGCCACCUGGCCUCGCAUCAGGGCCCCACCCUCUACCAGUGCCUCGAGUGUGACAAGUCCUUCCACUACCGCAGCCAGCUGCAGAACCACAUGCUCAAGCACCAGAACGUGCGGCCCUUCGUGUGCACCGAGUGCGGCAUGGAGUUCAGCCAGAUCCACCACCUCAAGCAGCACUCGCUCACCCACAAGGGUGUGAAGGAGUUCAAGUGCGAGGUGUGUGGCCGGGAGUUCACCCUGCAGGCAAACAUGAAGCGGCACAUGCUGAUCCAUACCAGCGUUCGGCCCUACCAGUGCCACAUCUGCUUCAAGACCUUCGUGCAGAAGCAGACCCUCAAGACCCACAUGAUUGUACACUCGCCCGUGAAGCCAUUCAAAUGCAAGGUGUGCGGGAAGUCCUUCAACCGCAUGUACAACCUGCUGGGCCACAUGCACCUGCACGCGGGCAGCAAGCCCUUCAAGUGCCCCUACUGCUCCAGCAAGUUUAACCUCAAGGGCAACCUGAGCCGGCACAUGAAGGUCAAGCACGGCGUCAUGGACAUCGGCCUGGACAGCCAAGACCCCAUGAUGGAGCUGACGGGCACCGACCCCUCCGAGCUUGACAGCCAGCAGGAGAUCGAGGACUUCGAGGAGAACGCCUACGCCUACGCCGGUGUGGACAGCAGCGCCGAGGCCAGCGUCCUCACCGAACAGGCCAUGAAGGAGAUGGCCUACUACAACGUGCUAUAGCACAGGCCAGGCCACCCAGGACGGGGCAAGGAGGGCGUGGGGCGUGGGGGGAGACCCAUGUGCUGCAGGCUGCACCUCCUGCAGCUGAAAAACAAGCUACUGCCCCACUGUCCUGAGCCCUCCCUCCCACUCAGUCGUUUGCACCACUAGGGACUUGUAGACCAAAUGGAGACUGUACUACUGGCCUCAGCUGUGAACCAGGCACAGGCCCCAGGCAUCCUAGGGAAGGAAGGGUAACACAGGAGGCCCAGGUCUGGGUCUCCUUGGCCUGCUGCUGUGGGAGAAAUGCAGAUGGGGGCCGUCUGGGGACAGGUCACAAGGGCAUAGGUUCUCAAGUCUCUCCAGGCCCAGCAGAGCUGGGGCGGCCCGUGUGGGCAGGGCCAUCCUGAUGGCUCCUCGGGGCUCCUGUCACUGGAGGGAGAUCUCUUGAGCCAUGUCUUGUUUCUCCUCUGGACCCUCUCCUGCCUCUAGGGAUGUUUGAGCUCCUGUGCUGGUCAGCCUUGCCCCCCACCCUUACCCCCCACCGGCCCCUGGGCUGCGAAAAGCCCAGGCCCAGAGCCCAUUCCCCCACUCUGUCCAUGGACAGCCAGGCAGGGCCCUCUGCCUUCUACCUCCUGGUGCCUCCUGCUCUCUCCUCCAGCCAGGUGUGCAUGCGGCCUGGUCCUGGCCUUAGGAAAGCGGGGUGUAGCCCAACCCCCAGCUACCGUCCUCUCCAGCCGACCCCCAGAAGCCUCGCAUCUUACAGCCCUGUUUGGAAGUGGGCGUCCCUAAAGUGGAUUUCGGCAAAUUGUUAUCCAGUUCUGUCUCGAAGUGGGGCACCACCCCAGGGUCCCCCGACAAAGCCAGGACAUGCCUUGCGUCAGACACACACUAACAAAGACAGAUGGAGGCCCCUUGAGCGAGGGGACCCGUGAUGGGGUCGUUGGGGACCAAGAGGGGCUGUCCUUAAGGAGGCCAAGGAGGGCCUAUGUAGGGGUGGGGGCCUGGAGUUUUCCUCUUAUUUAAGGUCUAAUAAGUAUCCAUUUUGAGGAUGGGGACAGCCAAGAGUCAGCAGGGUCCCAGGAAGAGCAACAUAUUUAAAAAGGAAAAUGAAGACCAUAGAGGGGAAAAAGGUUUUUUGAGCAAAGGGGGGUAUUUUGAAGGUAAUUUAUUUUUCUCCUUUCCAACUCUGUGUCACCUAUUAUCUUUUCUGAUGGAGAUCAUUUUCUUUUUGCCAGCGGAAGCUUUCUCGUGUGCUGUGCGUGCUUUGUGCCUCCCCAGCCAAGAGCAGCGUGGCCUGCCCUGGCGGGACUCGGGCUCGGAAGGCACUGUCGGUCUGGCCCUGGGGCUUCAGCUGCUGGCAGGAAGCCUCCGGAGGCCAAGGCGAGAGGCAGGAGGAGGCAGAGCCCGGCAGGCCGUCCACCCUCUCCCAGCUCCUCUGGCUAGUGACUUGCUCUGCACCACCCAGAGCAGCGGCCCGGGCUGCCGCCCCUGCUCAGCCCACGGUUCGCUCCCUCGCCAGCCCGCUCUCAUCUCCUCGGUCCCCGCGCCAGCUCCUGCCCCGGAACUGAAGACUGCAGGCCCAGGGCGGUGAAAGAGCACAUUCAGGAAUGCUGGGGCACCCAGACGCCCACCCACUCGCCCCCUGCGGCCUCCGUGGAGGGGAGCAGGCAAGGCCAUUCCCAGAGGCACAGGAGGUGAAGCCACCAGCUUCAGCCCAGAAACCAGGAAGCGGGGAGCGGCUGGGGAGGGAGGUGCCCCCAAGGCCGUAUCCUUAGUGAAGGACCAAGCCAGGCCUCAGGGUGGCUGAGAUCAGGACGGAGGGGAGGACAAGGUAGCCUCGGGAUCAGGCAGCCAGGUGCCCCUUCCUUCUCUGCUAGAGUUCAUGCUAAGCAGCAAAUAAGAGGGCUGGGGCUCACGGGAGCCUCGCCCCGACUGUGGCUCUCCAGACCCCGAGGCCCCCCAGCCUCCCAGGUGCCCGCCAUGAUGACCCUCAGGUGGCAGUGACCCCGUCACUGUAGAAGACAUUUUCUCCUGCUGAGCAGAAGCAUCAUCCCCGCAAACUACCUCUUCCCACAACUUCUUUCUCCCCUGGUACCAAAAAGAACCCUGUACCUCCUCUUCUUCCUCUUCCCUGCCAGUGCAGUGGCCUUGGUCUUGGAAACCCAUGAGACAGUCUGGCCCCCAGGGUGGGGCUCUCCUCUCUGCCCCCAGCCCCGCCAUCAGCACCAGCCCUCUGCAAGGUUCAAUACUUGAACGCCCCCCAUGCCCUGUGCCUUGGACCUGGGCAAGGCUGAGAGAAGGAAGCAGCACAACUCACAAUUGGAGCUGGGUGGGCGGUGGUCUUGGCGAGGCUCCGGUCCCCACCCCCCACCCCACCCCAACCUUUUCAAAAGAGGCGUGCAGCCUCUCGGGUGACUUGGAAACUCCUGGACAAAUCCCAUUCUAACUUAUUUUGACGUGUAUACAAACCAACUGUUUAGAAAUUCCACUUGUGCAAAGCCCUACUGUGUUUUUAUGUUCCUGUUUAAAAGAGAAGUUUACUUAGCAAUAAUUAUAAAUAAAUGAAUAUUCUUUAGUGAGGU